CAGAAAUACAAAGAACAAAUACAUGAUUUAGCUAGGGAAUUUGAAAGAAGAUUUGAAGAUUUUAAAAACCUGGAGCCUUUGUUUACAAUUCUCACAACACCAUUUUGUAUAAAAGCUGAUGAAAUACCUGAAGACUUGCAGUUGGAACUGCUGGACAUGCAAGCAAAUUGUGAACUGAAAGAAAAGUUUAAAUCAGGUCUUUUGUUAGAAUUUUAUGGCUCUCUGUCUGAUGUAUCAUUUCCAAAUUUUAAAAGAUUUGCUGCAAAAAUGUUUUCAAUAUUUGGAUCCACAUAUAUAUGCGAACAAGCAUUCUCUUGUAUGAAAAUAAAUAAAUCCAAAAAUAGGUCCAUUAUGAAUGACUGCAACCUAAAUGCAAUAAUGAAAAUAGUGACAAGUGAUCUGGCUCCACAAUUCAAGAACAUUGUUGAAAAUUGUGAACAGUUCCAUACUUCCCAUUAA